AUGGCGCUACGGCUGGUGCAACUAGGAAGCGAGCGCCCCGUGCAGGCCGACGAUGAGGGGCGAUGGGUGCUGGGCCGCUGCCGCGAGCUGGGCAUCGCGUCGCCGACAGUCAGCCGCCGCCACUGCAGCCUGACGCCGUGCGAGGGGCCGGAGGCGGGCGCGGUCGUGAUCGCGUCGAAGAAGCGGCUGGUCCUGAGGCGGGGUGGCGAGGGGGCGGCCGUGGACGUCGUGGAGCGGUGGGGGAGGGCAAAGAUGUUCGUGGGAGACACUCUAUUCCUGUUGGGAGACCCGGACGACCACUCGUCCUUCGCCCACGGCUUCACGCUGCGCGCCGGGAGCAGGGAGGCAUCCCCCAAGGGCUGCCGUUUCGUCUUUGCGUCCAGCAGCCACACAUCGACGCUGAGGGCGCUGGCCCGGCGGUUCGGGGCGACGGUGGACGACGAGGUGGGAGAGGCGACGACACACGUGAUCGGCGCCCUUUCGCCCACGGGGAUCGCACAGGGGGGAGAAGGGCCCCAAGUGAGCGGGAGCGCUCCCGGCGUGUUUUACGUAUUGCCCGCCUUCGUGAGCGACAGCAUCGCGGCUGGGGCGAGGCUGCAGGAGGAGAAGUACGCGGCCGGAGGCGACCGGCAGCCUGCGGCUUCGGCGGGCCCGCUGGAGGUGCACCCGUCCAUGAUUUCCAUGGCGUCGACAAUUUGCUCGGGGGACGACCCACAGGAGAGUUUCCGGUGGGCUGCUCGCGGAGUGUCCGAAGCCAGUGUACCAGCACAGGACUCCGGCAUAGCCCCAAGCCCCUACGCUAACCCCGUCAAUUUUCCCGGUUUGAAGUCCACUGUCCCUGGAGGAGAGCCUCCGUUCGUCAAGCGGCCAAUCGAAGACGAGGGCCCCUCGGGCUCAUCGCCAAAGAGGGCGCGCACCCAAGUACCCACUGAAGUGGCCUUCGAUGAACGUAAAAGCCCGUUCCAGGGGCACCAGGUGCCCGACAUAUUGAAGAGCCUGGGCGCUGGUCGGGCGGCGUGGGGAGAGAGUGGCAACUGGGUCGAGCAGUGGGAUGAGUCAUCGGCCAGAGAAACGGUCGCGAAGCUGCGGACGCACUGGCACAGGGCUUGGACGUCCGCCGAGCCGGCGACGAGCGCGGCUGCACAGGAGGCGUCUCCCACGCCAGGAAGCGGCUUGGAAGAGGAGCGCGAGGAUGUCGGGUUGGUGAACCGCGUUUGCGGGCACGCGGCGUGUGGCGCUCAAACAUUCUGCAUCGUGGAACAGCUGGAAGAGGUGAAGCGGCACUACCAAGGGCGCGUGGACCAGUUUCGAAUCAAGGCGGUUAACCGAGGAAUCAGUUUGAUAGUUGAAGCUGGUUUCGCGCUGGUGACCCCUCAAGACGUGGAGCGACUGCACCUUGGUGAGAAGACCGCCCAAAAGGUCCUCGAGCUGCUGGCCACGGGGCGGCUCCGGCGGAAUGAAGAGAUGGAGAGCAGCGAGCUCCGGCGCACCCUCAGCGCGUUCGAAGCCGUGUGGGGCGUGGGUCCGGCCACAGCGGAGUCAUGGUACCGGGCAGGAUGCCGAAGCAUUGACGACGUGCGCAGAAGGGGUGAUCUGACUGAAACUCAGGUAGUGGGCCUCAAGUACUACGAAGAUUUUCAGCAGACCAUCCCCAGAGACGAGGUGGAGGCCAUAGCGGAGGAAGUCUGUGCGCUGGCAGCCCGCGAAAUUGCUACAGUCGCCGGUGUAGAAGAGAGUCGAGUGAGGGCUGAGGGCCACGCGCGACCAAUGGGGAGCUACCUGAGAGGGAAGCCCAGAACCGGCGACAUCGACGUCCUCAUAUCUCCACCCCCAUUGGAUGCCCCUCCCAGCUGUGGAGAGAUACUCGAGCGACUGCUCCACGCACUCCUGGAAGCUGGAAUCGUCACACAGGAUAUGCACCCGGCAAGGUAUAUAUCGCACAGACAGCUCGGCUGCAAUGGAAAUUUUGUAACGCGUGAAGGCUAG